GCGAUCACCAGCAUCACUCAGUCCUGACAGCAGGAAGUGAACUGCAUGGAGUCUAUAGUAACUCUUUGUUGCUGUGGAGAGUCGACGCUUCUUGCAAGAUCCCCGUGUCCCGGCUGCAGCCCGGAGAGGUGAAUCUCCAUCAGUAGCAUUCCCGCUGCUCCCCAGGAGCCUCUCCCAGUGCAGAGAUCCCAGCCUGGCCAGGACACCCCCUUAACGGGAAGAUCCUUGCUUCCAAAGAAGGCACUACGGGGGAGGGGGGAAGGUAAGAGAGACCCUCUCGUUUUCCCUCCGUCCCCCACAGGGAGCGAUGCCUCCCGGUUCCACCCUGGCUGGCGGGGCAGGGGGAUGCCCCAGGCUGGCUGCGAUUCCCUGCAUUGCGUAUAGGAAAGAUGGCCGCCACCUCCCAUUGUUUGCAGUGUGUGUGAAGCCAGCCUGCUCCAGUAUCAGGGCUGCAGAAUAACAACCACGUUUUGCUCCAGAUCAACCCAUCUUCCUAAGGGACAGGGAAGGGAAAUGGCUGUUUUGGAUCCAGCUCAGAUGCUGGUGACCUUCGAGGAGGUGGCUGUGUAUUUCACUGACGGGCAGGGGGCUCUGCUGGACCCCAAUCAGAGAGCACUCUACAGGGAUGUCAUGCAGGAGAAUUAUGAGACGGUGACCUCGCUGGCAGGACUCCCCAUUCCCAAACCUAACCUGAUUGCCCAGCUGGAACGAGGGGAAGAGCCAUGGGUCCCAGAUCUCCAGGCCUUCGAGGAAAGGAAGAUCCCAAGAGGCACCCGCACAGCAGGUGAUAGGACUGUGAGUGAGAACAGGGAGGAGAAUCCACAUCAGGAAAGUAAAACACUGGUGAAACCACAGGGGAUGUUUUUGAAAAGAGCUAAAGGGAAUUCUUCUCAAUGCUGGGAAAAGGUCAAAACCCGGGGAAAUCAACACAAAUCAAAGAGGAACCUGGGAAACCACCCAAGGAAGAAAGUGAAUGAAUCCAUUCAAUAUGGGGUAGGAUGUAACAAUCUCAAGGAAACCACAGCCCAGCCAAAAACCCACAUGGAAGAGAGAACCUACAAGUGCUUGGACUGUGGGAAAAGCUUCAGUCGGAACUAUUCCCUUAUACAACAUCAGAGAAUUCAUACAGGAGAGAAACCCUAUAAAUGCUUGCAUUGUGGGAAAAACUUCAGUCGGAACUACACCCUUAUUCUACAUCAGAGAACCCAUAUGGGAGAAAGACCUCCUAAUCAACUUGAUGGUGGGAAAUGUGUCAAUGAGAAUUCAAACCUUAUUACUUAUCAGAAAAUCCACACAGGGGAGAGACCCCAUAAGUGCUUUGAGUGUGGGAAAUGUUUCACUGAGAAGUCAACCCUUGUUAAACAUCAAAGAAUCCACACAGGAGAGAGAGCUCAUAAAUGCUUGCACUGUGGGAAAAGUUUCAGUCGGAAUUAUACCCUUAUUAUACAUCAGAGAAUCCAUACGGGAGAAAAACCCCAUAAAUGCUUGCACUGUGGGAAAAGUUUCAGGCGAAACUACACCCUUAUUCUACAUCAGAGACUCCAUACGGGAGAGAAACCCUAUAAAUGCUUGCACUGUGGGAAAAAUUACAAGCAGAAAUCAAGCCUUUUUUCACAUCAGAAAAUCCAUGCAGGAGAAAAACCCCAUAAAUGCUUGGACUGUGGGAAAAGCUUCAUUCACAGCUCACAGCUUAUUAGACAUGAGAGACUACACACGGGAGAGAGACCUUAUAAAUGCCUCGAAUGUGGGAAAAACUUCAGUCGGAACCAUACCCUUAUUCUACAUCAGAGAAUCCAUACAAGAGAGAGACCCCAUAAGUGCCUCAACUGUGGGAAGUGUUUCAGUCAGAAGACAAACCUUGUUACUCAUCAAAGAAUCCACACGGGAGAGAGACCCCAUAAAUGCAUCGAGUGUGGGAAAUGUUUCAAAGACAAGUCAAACCUUAUUACACAUCAGAGAAUCCAUACUGGGGGGAGACCACAUGCGUGCCUGGACUGUGGGAAAAGCUACAGUCGGCGGUCACACCUUACUAAACAUCAGAGAAUCCACACAGGAGAAUGCCCCCAUAAAUGCUUGAGCUGUGGGAAAAGUUUCAAUCGGAGCUCAAACCUUGUAACACAUCAGAGAAUCCAUAUGGGAGAGAAACCCUAUAAAUGCUUGGACUGUGGGAAAGGCUUCAGUCAGAGCUCACACCUCAUUAUGCAUCAGAGAAUCCAUACAGGGUAUAAACCCUAUAAAUGUUCUGACUGUGAGAAAACCUUCAUUCAGAGAUCACACCUGCUUAGACAUCAGAGAGUCCACAUGGGAAAGAGAUAUCAUAAGUGCCCAGACUGUGGAAAAAGGUUUAGGAAGAACUCACACCUUAUCAUGCACCAGAGACUCCACGUGGGAGAGACACCUUGAAUGUGGGUGAUGCUUCAGUUGGGCACAUAUCGUAUCAGGCAUCAGCAAAUCCACACAGGGAAGAGUUCUUUUAAAUGUCCUUAGCAUGGAGAAGGCUGCAAUUGGGAAGCUAACUCCAUAUUGGACCUCAGAGACUCCUCUAUACAGGAGAGAAAUGCUGUCCGUGCUCUGACUAGGGCUGGUUACGGUAGUAUGUGACAGCGUACCCCAUAAGGCUUUAUGGGGGGGUGUUUAUAAAUGUAUGUAUGAUAUAACUGAAAUAUGUUUUGUGCUGCCUGUGCCAUGUAACAUAUCUCCGUAAAGGUUAUGGUCUACUAUAUCUAUUCAUCCUAUUUGUACAUAUAUAUCAUUUUCUACUUGAGGUUAAGAAUAUGGGCUGUGUGCUUGCUUGAUUUCUAAGUAAGCUUUGUGAGGCAUUUGGUCAGCUUCUUUAGGAAGGAAUUCGCCAGGUUAAGUACCUGAUCAGGAAACACUUGGGAAACAAUGCAUCUUGGAAUGCUCCAAUCCACAUGAGAAGUCUUCUUGGAGACAUGCAAGAUACCAUGUGGACAAUGGCGUGGGCCUGUAAAGACUGAGUCAUGCAAGGGCAUGUGACUUGCCCAGGUGACUCCAAAACUCCAUCUUGGAGCUGGACUUUGCAUAGGAGGGAGGAGGGGGGUCUCCACCCACAAGAGAGAGUCUAUUUAAACCUGUGGGAGACCCCUCCAUUUUGUCUUCAGCUGACUAAAGAAGGAGCCUCUCCACCCCCCCCCCCCCAGGAUACUUGAAGGAGACUGAAACAAAGGACAGUAACUACAGGGGGUGUGAGUGAUUGCUGGACCCAGGCUAAAAGGAGAUUAGCCUGUAAAAGGGAGUGCUCUGGAACUGGUGAGGAAAUCAUCUGUAUUUAGUUUGAUUAGACAUAGAUUUGCGCAUUUUAUUUUAUUUUGCUUGGUGACUUACUUUGUUCUGUCUGUUACUACUUGGAACCACUUAAAUCCUACUUUCUGUAUUUAAUAAAAUCACUUUUUAUUUA